GGUCUGAUCAUAACCAUGAGCGGAAGAGGCAAGACCGGCGGAAAGGCUAGGGCCAAGGCCAAGACUCGUUCCUCCAGAGCUGGGCUGCAGUUCCCUGUGGGCCGUGUGCACAGGCUCCUACGUAAAGGCAACUACGCCGAGCGCGUCGGUGCCGGCGCUCCGGUCUACCUGGCCGCCGUGCUGGAGUAUCUGACUGCUGAGAUCCUGGAGUUGGCCGGCAACGCCGCCCGUGACAACAAGAAGACCCGUAUCAUCCCCCGCCACCUGCAGCUCGCCGUGCGUAACGAUGAGGAGCUGAACAAACUGCUCGGCGGGGUGACCAUCGCUCAGGGUGGUGUGCUGCCUAACAUUCAGGCCGUGCUUCUGCCCAAGAAGACCGAGAAGACCGUCAAGACCAAGUAAACGCGCCCACUGCUGCGUUUGCCAGUACCCAAAGGCUCUUUUAAGAGCCACCCACUUCUGCUCCAAAAGUGCAAUGUUAUUCCUAUCUUCUUAAUACAAAGCAAACGCAGUUAAAAUCAGGACAUGAACACUCUAAUUUGCUAAGAAUUAUAUAUUUAUAUAUAAUAUAAUAAAUAAUUAUAUACAUGGAAACUAUCCAAGUAGUCGUAGUAGCAGUAGUAAUAAUAAUAAUAUGAAUGAUAAGAAUAAGAAUAACAAUAAUAGUGAGGCGUGUUGGCUAAAUGCAGUGUGAGGGAUGAGAAUAUGUUUUGACGGCGGGCGGUUUGUGUGUAACUGGUGAAUGGCAGAGUACAAAAGCGCUGCGCGCCCGUGGAAUAGGGGCGGGCGCCUUGUGUUUCGAACUGUGCCGGUGGCGGAAGCCAAUAGUCAUCAAGUGACGUCACGCAUUCUAUCCAAUGACAGACGAGUGCCUUCAAGACGCCCAAUGAG